AUGGAUCUCAAGAACGACACAAAUGCGCUCGGCGAGAAGCAUGGCAACGAUGUUCCGGGUUACCGACGGGGCUCGCUCACUGAUCAUGCACGAGGUCGGCAGUUCAGCGUCGACCCUGAGGAUCGUGCUCUGGUGGUAGCCGACCAGAACGCGCUUCACCGCGAUCUGAAGGGAAGACACAUGCAAAUGAUUGCCAUUGGCGGUGCUAUUGGUGCAGGUCUGUUCAUUGGUUCUGGCGGCGCUUUUCAGAGUGGCGGACCUGCUUCUGUGCUUCUUGGCUUCAUGAUUAUUGGUUACUAUCUCAUGAUGCAGGCCCUCGCCGAAAUGUCCGUCAUGUAUCCGAUCAAUGGCGCCUUCACUAUGUACAUCUGUCGAUUCGUGGAUCCCUCGUUGGGAUUCGCUUGCGGCUGGGAGUACGCCAUCAGUUGGCUGACUGUCCUUCCCUUUGAGAUAUCGGCUGCUUGCAAUAUCAUCCACUACUGGCCAGGAUCCGAGGGUAUCAACAACAGUGCUUGGAUCGUCCCGCUGCUGGUCGCUUUGGUUGCUAUUCAGUUUUUCGGUGUGAGGGGUUAUGGCGAGGCAAGUUCUUCGAAAUUCGUCCUCAGUAUCAUCAAGAUUAUCGCCUGCAUAGGCUUCAUGAUCCUUGGAGUUAUCAUCAACUGUGGUGGCGUGCCAACAGAUGACAGAGGCUACAUCGGUGCAAGAUACUGGCAUUCACCUUACGAGGCAUUCCUCAACGGCUUUCACGGCUUCUGCAGCGUCUUCGUUACCGCGGCGUUCGCCUACACUGGCACUGAGCUGACCGGGCUGGCUGCCGCGGAAACAACGAACCCCAGAAAGGAGAUCCCGAGGGCGUCGAAACAGGUCGUAUGGCGUAUCGCGAUCUUCUACAUUGUCAACCUUUUCCUCGUUGGUUUGAUCGUACCCGAGAACAGUGAUUUGUAUACUGGUGAAGGUUCCACAUCGCGUCACUCGCCUUUUGUCAUUGCCAUUCAGCUUGCUGGCAUCAAGGUCCUCCCUUCGAUCUUCAAUGCGGUCAUCUUGAUCGCUGUCAUGAGCGUUGCAAAUUCAUGCACAUUUGGCUCGACCCGAACGAUUCAAGCUCUUGCGGCGAAUGGCAUGGGUCCGAAGAUACUCGCCUACGUCGACAGAAAGGGCCGCCCUCUGUCUGUGGUCAUUCUCCAGCUCCUUUUCGGGUGCCUAGCAUUCAUCAACUUGGCCGAGAAUGGUGGCACGAUCUUCAACUGGCUCCUUUCACUGUCGGGUCUUUCGAUCCUCUUCAUCUACGGCAGUAUCGCUCUUGCACAUAUCCGCUUCCGCGCAGCCUGGGCUGCUCACGGUCAUUCCUUGGACGAGCUCCCCUUCAGGGCCGCUUGGGGCGUCUGGGGCUCGUGGCUGUGCUUGUUCAUCAACAUCAUCAGUCUUAUCGCUCAGUUCUACGUCGCACUGUAUCCGAUCGGCGGGCCGUACCUGGAUGCCAACAUCUUUUUCCAACUCUACCUCGCUGGUCCUCUGCUCAUCUUCCUAUACUUUGUCUGGAAGAUUUACAGCUGGUUCGCCCGGCCAGCAGACCGCGCUUUGUUCAUCCGAGCAAAGGAUAUCGAUAUCUACACGGGCAUGAGGGAGGAACAGCGAAGUAGGAUCAGUGGCACAGGGGUGUCGGAGGACCAGAGGCGUGCCAGCAUCAUGGAGCUUCAGGAAGAAAAGAAGAAGAGGGGUGCUAAGGAUUGGGUUAUGGCGGCGGUGAGAAGUCUCAUCUAA